AUGGUGCAAACAAAUAUAAUCUCAGGUGGAGGAGGCGUUACCAAUAACUCGAACAACACUGGUGGUAGCGGUAGUAGCGGAAACAGCUUAACUCCACAAAUUCCCGCUCACUUGUCGAAUAGUCUUAUAGUACCCCGAUACGCACAGUCAACGAGUACUAACAAUCACGUCGACGCCUACGGACUAACCAGCAAUCAAAGUGAACCUCGUAGUUUAAGUGACUCGUCGCAAGCUGAAUCUCCUGUGCAAGAUGACUUACUUACUUCCAACACACCCAACCUUGGUCCCAGCAGCGGUCCCACAACUACCACCGGUGCUGGUGACAGCAGCGGUGUAAAUGGUGGUGCUAAUGGUGGAGGAAGCAAUGGUGGGGGAGGUGGUAAUAGCAAUGGACUACAUCAAAAUUUCUCAAACAUUGUAAUGAGCCAAAGCAAUGGAGGAUCCAAUGCAUCCUCAACACCCAACUUUGUCGGUUCGAAUGGGACCAGCAGUUGUAAUGGAUCACCACUCUACCCCGUCCUCCCAGCAAGUCUACUAUACUCACAGCUAUACACAGCUGCAAACCAAUCGGUGGGAGGAUUCGGACAUGCAGUAAAUCAUCACCAUCAUAUCCAGUCCACGCACGGAGCAGUGGCAGCUGCUGUUGCCGUUGCUACUGGAGGUAGUCCGGUACAAAACAGUGCAUCAGCCGCCGCGGCAACAGCAGCAGCUGCUGCUAUGCAUGCUGGCGAACUUCAGAGUGUUAUGGACCAUCUUACGGCUGGUACUACCCAAGCUGCGGCUGUUGCGGCAGCGGCCGUGUCUCAUCGACAUCAUUACCAUCAUCAUCAGACAGGAGCAAACCUAAUUGGUGGACACGGCCAUGGAAAUCAGAGUGGUGGUGUAGCGGUCAUUACUAAUCCUGAAUUGUCGCUCAUUGGAAAUUGCAGUGCAAUGGCCCGUGGAGCUCUCGAUGAAUCAACUCAUCGAGUACUGAGUGGUGCUGGAGUUGUCGGUGGGCGAUUGAAUAGCCACUCCGAUAAUACUAGCCAGGUAGGACAGACCACCGACAAUGGGAAUUCUGUCUGGCGACCAUACUGA